GAUGGUGCCUCUUCAGUGGUGUCUGCUGUGGUUGCUGUUUCCACUCGGCUCAUGGACCCAGAAGUUUCCCACGCGAGAUGAGGAACUCUUUCAGAUGCAGAUCCGGGACAAGGCAUUUUUUCAUGAUUCGUCUGUAAUUCCAGAUGGGGCUGAAAUUAGCAGUUAUCUCUUUAGAGACACACCUAAAAGGUACUUCUUUGUGGUUGAAGAAGACAACACCCCCCUGUCAGUGACGGUGACCCCCUGCGAUGCGCCCCUGGAGUGGCAGCUGAGCCUACAGGAGCUGCCAGAGGAGGCCAGCGGGGAGAGCUCAGGUGAACCGGAGCCUCUGGAGCAGCAGAGGCAGCAGAUCACGAACGAGGAAGGCACGGCCUUAUUCUCCUACAAGGGCAACGAUGUGGAGACGUUCGUGGCGUCUAGCUCUCCGUCUGGUUUGUAUCAGUUGGAGCUUCUGUCCACAGAGAAAGACACUCACUUCAAAGUGUACGCCACCACCACACCCGAGUCGGACCAGCCCUACCCCGAGCUGCCCUACGACCCCCGAGUGGACGUGACCUCGCUGGGCCGCACCACGGUCACGCUGGCCUGGAAGCCGAGCCCCACGGCCUCUCUGCUCAGACAGCCCAUCCAGUACUGCGUGGUCGUCAACAGAGAGCACAACUUCAAAAGUCUGUGUGCAGCAGAGGCCAAACUGAGCGUGGACGACGCGUUCAUGUCGGCGCCCAAGCCCGGCCUGGACUUCAGCCCCUUUGACUUCGCCCACUUCGGGUUUCCUUCCGAGAGCGCAGGGAAAGAGCGUGGCUUCCUGACCAAGCCGCCCCUCAAAGUGGGGCGCCACGUGUACCCGCGGCCCAAGGCUGACAUCCAGAAAAUCUGCAUCGGGAACAAGAACAUCUUCACGGUCUCCGACCUGAAGCCCGACACCCAGUACUACUUCGACGUCUUCGUGGCCAACAGCCUGAGCAACAUGAGCACGGCCUACGUGGGCACCUUCGCCAGGACCAAGGAGGAGGCCCAGCAGAAGACGGUGGAGCUGAAAGAUGGGAAAGUGACCGACGUGUUUGUGAAAAGGAAGGGAGCCAAGUUUCUGCGCUUUGCCCCGGUCUCCUCCCAUCAAAAGGUCACCUUCUUCGUUCACUCGUGUCUGGAUGCCGUGCAAAUCCAGGUGAGGCGAGAUGGCAAACUCCUUCUGUCCCAGAACGUGGAAGGCAUCCGGCAGUUUCAGCUCAGAGGCAAACCCAAAGCAAAGUAUCUCCUCCGACUGAAAGGAAACAAGAAAGGAGCGUCCGUGUUGAAAAUCCUGGCGACCACGCGGCCCAGUAAGCAGUCCUUCCCGUCUCUCCCCGAGGACACGAGAAUCAAGGCGUUUGACAAGCUGCGCACCUGCUCGUCAGCCACCGUGGCGUGGCUGGGCACUCAGGAGAGGAACAAGUUCUGCAUCUACAAGAAGGAAGUGGACGACAACUACAGUGACGACCAGAAGAAAAGGGAGCAAAACCAGUGCCUGGGGCCAGACACGAGGAGGAAAUCAGAGAAGGUCCUCUGUAAAUAUUUCCACAGUCAAAACCUGCAAAAAGCAGUGACCACAGAAACAAUUAAAGGUCUUCAGCCUGGGAAAGCUUACCUGCUGGAUGUUUAUGUCAUAGGGCACGGGGGGCACUCUGUGAGGUACCAGAGUAAAGUCGUGAAAACCAGGAAGUUCUGUUAGUCACCUGCUGGAGAGACGGACUCCGUGGAACUCCAGGACAGACGGUAGAUCGCUCCGAGUGUGAGCUGACUACUCCCACAGCUGAGAGGAGUUGUGACCUGUACUUGUACUUGGGGAAGGAAGGAUGCCAACUAGUGUACUUGUUGGAGCAGAGUGUUCUAGCGUGCCCCAGUGGUACCAGCGUGCGUCUGAUGUCCACUCGUGUUGAAGACAGAGGACAUCUCGAAGGGACGGCCAUCCCUUGCUUUGACCACUGCAUGAACUGCUUCUAAAUUAUUUUAUUACCUAAAAAUUUAAAAUAUGCCAUUCGUUGCACACAGCCACAAAAUGCAAAUCAUUCCUCUCUAUAGAUGCUAGAAUAUAUAUAUAUAUAUUAUAUAUAAAUUAUUUUAUAAAGUCUUGUUUUAAAUGUCAGUGUUUCUAUGAUUGUAAACUGUUAAAUUCUUUUCCCGUUAUAAAGUACAGAGCUAAUCUAAGUAUAUGAAGUGGACAGCCUCUAGUCAUACAGUUAUAUUGUAAAUUCUUAUCUGUCGAGUAAAAUGUUUAAAUGCUGUAUGUAUCUCAUGUACAAAGUUGACAUACAUUAUAUUCAUGUACAUAAAAUUAAAGAUAUUAGACUAUGCACUGCUCGUUUUCCCAAGCAGCUACCUUGGUUUAUUCAGUUUCUAUUCUGUCCCCCAAACUACACCUAUGACUUUGGCACCAGAAUUGACCCUUUUUUUAAUAGUCAAAAAGGCACGCUGCGUGCCUCUCAAGUUACUGUAGCAUUAAAGACUAUUACUGCUGUUUGUGUUUUGACAGUGGCUGUUGUGAGAACUGAGAGAGCUGCGAUGGGCAUGUUUUGAAAGAAUAAGACAAGUCAAACAGUAGCCCCGUAAGUGUUCAACAAAUCGUCCUUAACACCCUAAACUAUCUCACCUUUAUUUUAAAAGUAAGCAUCUAUUUUAAGUACAAAAUUUGGGUAAUUCCAAGUGUUUUCCAUCUGCUUGAAUAUUAGUGAAAUAGUUAUUUGAAUUCCAGCUGAAGCAACUUAGCAACCCACCAAUAGGACUGUAAUUAGUAACAAGAAAAACUACAGAAGCUGCUAUUUUGUAACAUUUACAGUCUGAUACCUUUAACUUUGAUUUUUCAUGAAUUUUUAAAGAGUAAUUUAGGUGAGAUAACGUUUAGGCCAAUACUAACAGAAACUGUGUAUCAAAGACCCUGCCCAAAGGGCAGUUUUAGAUCAUUUCAUUUUCCCACAGAUUCCAUACAUGAGGUGCCAUGAGAACAUUGGACCAGACGCAUCAGUCUGGAAUUUAUAUAGUCAUCUAAGCAGUAUGACUUUUGGGAAAUCUGUGACUGCCCAUUGUCCCCCUUUCCCAUUUAUAACAUUAGGUGGUGACAGACUUGGCUACAGUGAUAUUGUAGGAUACCUUCUGUCUACGACAUUGUCUUUAGUAGAAUUCUGUGAUUCUAUUAAUUGCAAAGUGUGUCCAGAACUCCAAGUGGGGGCUGGUAUAACCGUUAACCUCUCCACUGGCCCCCACAUGCUGGUACCCCCUUCAGAUGGUGGGUGUACAUGAGUGGCGUCCCCGAGGGGUACAGAACCGCUGUUGCUCGGGCUGUGUAAGUCACCACUCCAAAGGCCCUGGCCGCCUUAGGAGAAACUGUCCCCCUGAGAAUGUACCCUCCAACUCGUCAGCGUUAAGAUACUAAAUCAAAAUGUAGCACAUCUGUACAAAAUAGUAAUGACUCCUGAAAUAACUUUUUAAAAGAGCAUGUGUGUAACCAAUGGCCAUGUAACCAACCACAGAAACUUCGUUGGUUGACAGGAAACCUUGAAAAUGGACAACAUCCCAGAGAUGUUCUAGCCUAAGUUAUAAAUGUGGUGCCUCUGGAAGGAGAACCCACUUUCUCAUAUUACGCACAAAUAUAUUAUUACACGGUAAUGUGCUAAAUUCACUGACGUCAAUCAGAGUUAUUGCAGUUUCUGAAGGGAUGGACUAAAUCUCAGAUAUUGCUAAUGCCUGGGGAACCCUGGGAACCAGGCCAAGUCAGUGUAACCGAGAUUUUACUUUUCAGCUGGCUGUGAGGGUGGUUUCCACAUAGCCUGGAUACAUCCGAGAACUCUUGCAUGGCCCCAGUGAAAUUUGCCUUUGAAAAAACUACAGGAAGAAAAUGAAAGACACACUGUAAAACUUCUAUCACUCAUGAAGAAAAACCUAUUAAAAGUAAAGCUCCCUUAUUUACUAACAUGUUUAGAUUUUAGGAGCAUCCAGGUGAACUGAGGACAAGAAAGAAACGUGUGUUCCUAAUUAAAAGAACUAGGAAGUUGCUGCUAGAAAGCACCACUCGUGCCCAUGAAGCCCCAGGUAGCUGUGCUGGGAGCACGGCAUUUGGAAUCUCUGUUAGGACACCCAGACUGUCCCUGAGGAGGGCGGAGUCUGGGCACGUUUAAUUCAAGUUAAAUAUGUUUUAUUUUUCAGGUGUCAAAAGAAAUUAAAGACCAGAGAAAUAGAAAUAAAAUUUCAUAGUCGAAACAGAUAAGUAGUGGCAUUGCCCAGACUCCAAAAUCCUUACCAGAUGUAAAUCACCAAUUCUUAGGGGGUGGGGUGGAGUAGGGGGUGGGGAGUCACUUGUGGAUCCUUUUCCAAAAGGAAAAUACACUUUUUGUCUUAUUUAUGAUUUCAAAGCAACUUAUUCUUAAAGACCACUUUCAGAUUUUGUUAAGAAUGUGUGUGUAACCUAUCACUGACAACUCCAAACUUGUAAUAAAGCAAUUCAUAGUUAAUUUAGAGAUAACAGAGUAUGCUAGUCUAGGUUUGCAUGCACACACAAACUUGAGGCUGUAAAAUCAUUAGUCAUUGUUUUCAUGAUAAGCCCUGUAUAUUUUUAGCUAAAACUUUUCAGAACCUAUAAAAAUUACAGCAGGUGAUUUUCUUGGUUAAAUUACUUGAUAGUCAAUGUCUAGAUUAAUUUUCUAAACAUGCAUUAAAGGAUUAGGUAAAAGAAAUAGAAGGCUCUUGGUGUUCUCCACAGAAAAGUAAUUGGUUCUAAGACUGAAGGGCACAAGGCCUUAUGCAUACGUUGUUUUUAUUCAGAUACUGAUAAAGAUGGAAGGGACAUAUGCAUUCUUUAUUUUUGUCAUUCAGAAUACAUUUGAAAAAAAGGUGGUUUUGGAAUCCUGAAAAGCCUAAUGAAGUGACUUCCAAAAAGUCACUAAGAUGAACAUUCGGGUUUGAAACCAGCUUAAUGGCUCUUAAUAGUUUGGGAGGUCCAGGCACCUUCCCUGGAAACACACGCGCAGUUUUUGUACAAUCCAGGGGCUCUGAUGGACAUGUAACCAGUCGGGAUCUCUUCCAACACCAACCAGCCCCUCUUAGAAAUCAUCUCGUCUGUCGACUGCCUCAUUCUAGGCGAGGAAAGUGAGGCCCAGUUACAACCAGAACCCAGAUUCCUGUGCUUCCAGUUUUAUGCUCACUCUGCUCUUCAUUUCAAGCCUUCCUUCACUCCAGAAAGCUACAGCGACUCAGCCAGAAUUUACUUCCAUGUCUCUGUUCACUGGCUGGCAUCAAAUCAAAACAAAACAAAAUGUAGCAUCUGACGGGAAGAACAAAGUCGUGGAGGAUGUGUGGCCACUUCCUGUCCCCCUUUGAUAGGGUGUGAUAGAGAUGAAGUCAUCUGGGGACUAGACUUUGGGUCUCUCCCCAGGACCGAGUGCAGUGGCCGCUGGCAGACCUCAGCUGUCCUGUUUGUAGUGGUCCGCAGGACUGGGCGGCAUCAGGCCACACGUAUUGUGUUUUCCCCAGAGUUUCGGCCAGAAAGACAUACAGUGUUUUGGGACGUGGGCCUUUUUUGUUGUUUUGAAGGUGGAAAGUGGGAGAGAGAAGAGCAGGAGAGACGGAGCAUGGAUAAAGCACGGUUUUAUCUCAUUUCUUUCUCUAAGGGGCCUGAAUUCAAGGAAAGAGAUGCAAUAGAGUUGAAAUGCAGUAAGGUUUGGAUUCUGCCCUACAUGCAGCCUUACGCUGGAAAACGUGACUUCCAUCACCAUCCGCUCUAGUAAGAUCGAAUCCCACUGGCAGGCGUCCUCGUUCCCUGGGAAUGGUGGGUCGUGUAUCUGGGUAAGAUGGUCCUCAUUGCUAUCUGUUUAUGUUCCUCCUCCUCAACUUUCCAGAAACAAACUUCGUCAUCAAAGGUUAGAGAUGAAGUUAAUUAGAACAGCUUUUCGUAUUCCUGAUGCCUCUUUCAAAGCUGUUUUGAAUAUUCUUUCAAAGUGUAAAAGAAAUAGAAGGUUACUGGUCUCCUCCACAGAAAAGUAAUUGGUUCCAAGACUGAAGUACCAGGCCUUACGCACAGCUCCACUGCUACUUUGAUUUUCAGAUAGUGAUAAAGAUGGAGUGGCAUCAACUGUCCCACAGGUAUCAGACGGGAAAAGGGUAGUGCGGGGCUGACACUGAGUCCUAGUAAAAGACCCAUUAAAAACAAAUAAGAAUGAAUUUAACUCGUUACCUCAUGACGCUUCAGGGGAGAACUUUCAGGAAAGUGUAAGGUUUUCUUGAAACGUGUGAGAAACGUGGACUCCAGAGAUUUGGGCCCAGGAACCCAUCAGGCAGCCUCUCGGGAUGUGGACAUGUCCCAAGACUUCAGACUUUGAAAUAACCUUUUUUGAAUUGAGACUGAGGUGUAAAACAGAAAAGUCACAACAGAUAGGUUCUCAUUAUGGGUGAUGAGAUCCAGACAGAACAGUCUAGAAAGAAUAACCACCUUACAACGAAGAGGUGGUGUGAGUAUGUUGCUUUGUUUUUGAAUCCAGUAUUAUUGUUGGAAACUGGUGAGGUCCAAGCAGCAAUUUCAAAGUAUUUCCAGGUCUCUCUCUUCCUGGGUAAAUAUUUGCCAAGAUUAAUAUCCAAUCAAAUGGCCAUAAUUUGGAAAUAAGCAAAUACCCAUUUCUUGUCUAAGUUAGUUCUCCAUAUGGUCCUACUAGCUCAUGUAAAUAGGACAGCACAGGAUAAUAUAAACAGUUGUUUAAGAUAUAUGUACUUGACAAGACCCCAAAACGUCCAUAUUUAAUUAUAACCUUGACAGGGUUUUGCUUCUGAGAAAAACUGUUUAUAAUAAACAGAACCAAGUACAUGAAUAUAUAGCAGGGUUAGAGGUUUGUUCAGUCUCACCCUUGUCUAUAAAAAACUCAGACCUACUAAAUACGACUGAUAUAUUGGCUAUUUUGAUCACACAGGCUGGAAGAGUUGCCUGAUGCCCCAUCAACGAACAGUUUUUAGAAGCAGCACAUGACACUCAGGAGUCACAGAAAUGUCUCACAGGCCAAUGUGUUUGACCCAAUCUGGGCGCUUCUGCAACUUAUAUGGCUAAAACAACAAGAUUGUGGCUUAACCGCUUCGUUAUAACUACACACAUGGUUUGCUAUGUGAGCAAUUAGCUCAGAGCCACUGGUGUAGUCCCCGAUGUGGCUCAUGUCCCAUGGUUGAGUGUCCCAUGUCCCAUCGUUGAGUGUCCGUGUAUCAAGGCAGCCCCAAGAAGUUUAGCACCAUUUCAUGUUUACAGCCUUUUCUGGAUGUAGUAAGAACUUUAGUAGAGACGAGUAAAGAGGCAGACAAAUGGGAGAGACCAACAAGUAAAUAUACAUUGUUUUAAAUAACCAACUAAAAUUCAACCAGUUUUAUUGUGGUAAAAUGUCAUUUUGCAAACAUGUUUUUAAAGCAAUCACAGACCCUUGCGGCUGACUGUUUGUAAAUGGUAGUAUUGAAUAUCCUUCCUGCUAAAGAAAGCUUGCCAUUCUUCCUCAAAUAACGAGGCCAGCAUCUAAAUUACAGGUUGCCGAAUUUUGCUUUUUUUUCCAUCUUGCACAUGGGCUGUCCACGGGCGCUCUUCAGGUAUGGAAAAAGAUGACAAAGAUAUGAAACCAGGGUAAGAUCACAGCAUUUACAUUCAAUUUACAAUACUUGUGUCAAGUUCUGUUGCCUAAUGGCGGGGAGCUGGGCUUCAAACACAGCUGUGUGCUGAGCAAACUUGACUGCUCGAAAUACUGAACACCAGUUCCUUUGCCAAGUCCAAGGGUAAGCAUUCUGGGAGCGCUGAGUUGAAAUGUGCAGAUAAAUACUCUCAGUCCUGGGGUUUUUGGUGCCAAUGCACACAGAAUACUUAGGUUCUGCUAUGGAAAUCUUGGAAGAACAGAACUGUUUUGAGUAUCUCUGAGGAUUUCAAACAGUUCUUAGACGACUUAUUACCUUUCAUAAAACUCACUCCUCCUUUAAAAGUCUCUUGGUGACUUACCUAUAUUAAAAAGAGGAAAAGGAUACUUUUUGGUCCCACUGAGUUUUCAUUUCUCUGUUGAAGUUAAACACGCUAAUAAGACAACGGGCAGCAGUAGAAGGAGCAUAAAAGCAGGGCUCUGGGAGUGUGUGUUUCCAACUGCUGUGCCUUGAGCACGCACUGGUAAAAUGAGAGGACGAUGAUCUCCGAGAUCCUUUCGGAAAAGCAGGGAAACUAAUCACCUUUAAGCACAGAGUGAGUGCCAGGCAUGUGAAAUACAGCUAUUUAAUCCUAACGACUCUGAGAUGAAGAUACUGUGUUAGUCUCACUGAAAAGCAUGGACAUAAGGAACAAAGAACUUACAUGUGCUCAAGGUUGCCGCGUGAACACGAAGUGGGUACAUCUGGCCCCCGCUUCCGCGUGGAUGGUUGCAAGCUCUAGUGCUCACUCGUGAAGCAGAAUCUCACCACAAUAGGAUACACGAGGAGUAGAUGGAUUAAAAUGGAGGGAAAUUAAAAUAUUCUCAGAGCUUGGCCUGGCCAAGUUAUCCUUGACGUGGAUAAAUAUGGGGUAGAGAGAGAAGAGAAACCAUUCACAAAGUCCUGCUAAGUCUCGGACUGCGUAGAAUUUCUCUGUUUUCGUGGUUCUUAGACCGCGUCACCCACCCACGCUUGGUACUUGCUUACUGUAUAGACUUUGUUCCGAUGCUGCCAUGUGAUAUGAUGUGUCUGGAAUCUGAUGCCAAUAAACCUUUAUUCAGUG